UGGCUCAAGUUUUGCCACGGAUCUCCAGAAGCUGUUGGCAAGAGGUCAGCAUGGCUGACGAGGGCAGCGACUACGAGGAGGCCCAGGGCCAGCGCAAGGCGGAGGCCAUCCCGGAAGCCGUGGACACCUUUUUGGGCCGUCUGCUGGAGUCUAUCAAGGCCAGCAACAUUCAGGAGAUCAACCGGCUCUACGAGACCGAUUUCAAUCAGCUGACUGAAAGGUUCUAUAACAAGACGAAGUGGCCCAGCGCCUUUACCGUGGGCGAGACUCUGGGGCAUGAACAGGAGUUGUUCCUGAUCCUGUACAAGGAGCUCUACUACAGGCAUAUCUAUGCGAGGCUCAAUCCGGUCUCCUUCGAGGACCGUGUAGGGUCCUGGAACAACUACAAGCAGCUGCUGGACUUGAUGAUUGAGAACCUCUCGGAUGGAGAGGAUCUCGGCAUCGCCCUGCCGGCACAAUGGUUGUGGGACAUUCUCGAUGAGUUUGUCUACCACUACCAGACCUACAGCACGUAUUGCCACAAGACAGCGAAGAUGCAGAAGGACAAGGACAUUGACGAGCUGCGCAGUAGGCCAGGAGUCUUUGAGACCACCAAGGUUCUCAGCUACCUGCACCAGCUGGUGCGCUUCUCCUUGAUCGAGGAGUGGCUCGCCAACCCGGAAGGCGGCAACGGCCAAGGCGGAGCCUUCACAGAUGAGUCCACGCGCCUGGUGGGCUACUUCGCUCUUGUGCAGCUGCUGCGAAUGCACAGCCUGCUGGGAGACUACCGCCUGGCCAUGGAUACCAUUGAGAGCAUCGACUUCAGAGCAGAGGUCCCUCUCUUCUACCGCAUCCCAGCAUGCCACGUGACGGUCUUCUACUACAUGGGCUUCGCGUACAUGAUGAUGAGGAGAUACGUAGACGCCUCCCGAACCUUUCAAGACAUUCUGGUUUUCCUGUCCAAAAUCUCGUCCGUGAACUCGCUUUCCUACCAGUACGACCAGAUGCUGAAGAAGCAGGAUCAGAUGUACGUGCUGCUGUUGAUUUGCAACGCUCUUUGCCCGCAACCCAUGGACGAGUCCCUGGAGAAGCCCAUCCGUGAGAAGCAUUUAGACAAGCAGAUGCGGCUGCAGCAGGGUGUCGAGACCUGCUUCGAGGACCAGUUUUCUUAUGCCUGCCCAAAGUUCGUGGCGGCGGCGAUGCCCGACCUCGACAAUCUCGAGAACUUCAACGCGAACGAAGCCCACCAGAGGCAGCUUCACCUCUUCCUGCAGGAGGUGCGGCAGCAACAGGCGCUGCCCACCAUCGGGUCCUACAUGAAGCUCUACACCUCCCUGCAGACCUCCAAGCUUGCGCAGCUCUGCGAGAUGGAUGGUGAGGGCUUGAGGGACCAGCUAAUGUGCGUGAUGCACAAGACUCGGCAGCUGGUGCACCAGAAGGAGGGCACGCCCUUGGAUGGCGCCCUCCAGCCCUGCGGGGAAGUGGAGUUCUACCUGGACGGAGACAUGGUUCACAUCAACGCGCAGAAGCCGCAGCGACCACAUGCUGAUGUCUUCCUGGAAGACAUCCUGAAGUUUCAGGACAUCCUCAAGCGAGCGGACAGACUCGAGAAGACUACCGUAGAGAAGUGAGCGCUGCGCCGCGCGAAGCCCAGGCGGGUGUCCAACCCGACCCGGAUCAAGUUAGCCUAGCAUUCCAGUCCAACCUCAGCAA